AUGACUUCCGAGUACGAGUCAAAGGAGAUCAAACUCACCGUCGAUGCCGCGGGCAUUGCGACCGACGCCGCUGCAGGGGAAGUGAAUGAGAAGUCGUUCUGGUUCAAGUCGCGAGAAUGGAUUCGAAGCAUUGGAGCCGAGGAGCUGGGUAUCGAGCGCAUUCCAGAAGAGAUGCGAACGAACCAAAACCCGAGCGACCUCUUCACUGUGUUCUUUUCGGCCAACUGUAAUACUGCCACGCUCGCCCUCGGGUUUCUCGGUCCCACGCUCUUUGGACUUGGGUGGUGGGACUCGUUCUGCUGCCUCCUCUUCUUCAACCUAUUGAGUGCAGCUGUCCCAGCAUUCCUUGCAUGCUUCGGCCCGAAGCUGGGGUUGAGAACCAUGAUCAUCCCUCGAUAUUGCUUUGGAUGGUGGCCUGCAAAGGUUCUCGCGGUCCUAAAUUGCAUCAACCAGAUUGGCUGGGCCAUGGUGAACGCCAUCAGUGGAGCUAGCGUCCUAUACGACGUUGGUGACGGUGAUCUACCGCUUUCUGUCGCCGUUCUUAUCAUCGGUCUCUGCGCCAUCAUACUCGGUCUCUUUGGGUACAAGAUACUCCAUCUGUACGACCGAUAUUCGUGGAUCGUCAUGUUCAUCUGCUUCAUCAUCUUGGCCGGCUUCGGUGCCAAACACUUCAUCAACGUCCCCAUGGGCUCAGGCUCGUUGGAAGCGUCGAACGUCUUGUCCUUCAGUACAGCCAUCAUCGGCUUCGAAGUCGCGUGGCUUCCCGUCGCCGCAGAUUAUGGCGUCUACAUGCGAGAAACGACAAGUGAUCGCAAAUCAUUCACCUAUGCCUUCCUCGGAUUUUUCACCAGCCAAUUGUUCGUUGAACUGCUCGGAGCUGCAGUCGGCACUCUCAGCGUCAGCAGUGACAGCUACUUCACGGAUGCUUAUGACGCCCGAGGCAUUGGCGGGCUUAUCGGCGCAUCCUUUGGAGCGUACGGCAAGGGCGCAAGAGGCUUUGGCAAGCUCAUCGAAGUCCUCCUCGGCCUGUCGUGCGUGGCCGUCAUCACCAUCAACAUCUAUUCCCUCGGACUGAGCGUGCAGAUGGUCACCCAGAAGCUCAUGGUUGUGCCUCGCUUGGUCUGGUCCCUCAUCGGGUCCGUGAUAUUCUUGGCGGCUGCCAUGGCUGGCCGCGACCAUCUCGAGGAGGCCAUGGAGAAUUUCUUGUUGAUAUGUGCGUACUGGAUUGUGCCGUUCUCGACAAUCAUCAUUGUCGAGCACUUGAUCUGGAGACAAGGGUACAAGUACGAUCUGAAUGCCUGGAAUGACCGGACAAAGCUCCCGUACGGUAUCGCCGCGUCGGUCGCCUGGGUCAUCGGGACCGUGCUCUCUCUGCUCUGCAUGUCCCAGGCAUGGUGGGUUGGACCCAUUGCCGCUGGCAUUGGAAGCAGCCCAUACGGAACGGACAUUAGCUGGAUCCUCGCGUUUGCAGCUACCGCCGUCAUUUACGUGCCGCUGAGAAUCUGGGAGCAGAAGAAAUGGCACAUGUUUGGAUGA